AGUGAGUCUCACUCGUCAGAUUCAGAUGCUUGGAGGUCACGCAGCACCGAUGGCCUAAGGAACGGCGACGACAUCACUUCCUCCUUGGCCGCCAAGGGCUUCCGCAGCGUCAGGCCCAACCUGCAAGACAAGAGGUCCCCCACACAGGGCUCGCCUCCUCACCCCUGCUCCCCCGACCACAGCGCCCGCCGCUCCCCUUACAACCGCCACAGCGCCGACUCACUGGACUACCUGGCGAGCCUCAAAGCCCUGUCGCCCACCCCGUACGCCCCGUCCCCAUACGCCACCUUGGAGCGCGGCGGGCGGGACCGAAUGGACAAAAUUGCCGUAGUCGGCGGGGUUAGCAUUAGCAUGGUUGGUGCUGGUGGAGGUAUGGGGGGCAUGUCACCCUCGCUCUCCCCCGUGACAGUGUCAGCGCUCAGCCAGUACUCGUCCUCCACGGCGGGCCUCCUGGAGGAGCUCCAGAUCUGCAGCCUGGACUCUCCCGGCAUGUCUCCCACACCCUCGCCCACCCUCAGCCACAUGUCGACCUCCGCGUCCACCACGAGCACCGACGAGGCGCCGCCGCUAACCUCCGCCGCUGCUGCCACUAACGGCCAAGCUAUUCAAGUGGCAAUGAAUGGAGGUGCGCCCCACCCCCAGAGACCGUCCUCACCCCCGGCCUACCCCCCUCUCCCCGCCUCGUUCAGCCCAGGGGGGGUUCGCGUGCGGAGUCGGAACGCAGAAGGUUCAGAGUCGGUGAUGUCGGGCCACACCAGCAUGAGCAGCACGGUGCCCGUCGCCCGCUUUUCAGAGGAGGAGAAGAGGGUGUCGGUCAUCAAGGCGCCCCACUACGAGGGCAUUGGCCCCGUGGAUGACACGGGCAUCCCCAUCGCCAUUCGCACGACGGUGGAUAGGCCGAAGGACUGGUACAAGACCAUGUUCAAGCAGAUCCACAUGGUUCACAAAGCAGAUGACGACUAUGCCGACACGCGCAACGCCACAUGCACUGUCAUCGGUGACAGCGACACAUAUGGUCAGUCCUCCAACCCCACCAUGGCGUACCCUCCCCCCAGGACACAAACGUACCGGCCCCUGGCCAAGAGCCCGUCGGACAGCGGAAGCCCCGGGACCUUUAGGGAGCCCUCCCCCGUGCCUCCGCCACCCCCGCCCAAGCCCUCCCUCCUCCAGCUGAGGUCCAGAGACAGCGACCGGGAGCGAGACUCGCCCGACACCAUGAAUCAGUGGGGUCCUCCCGAUAGGAAAGUGGACACUAGAAAGUACCGCGCUGAACCCCGGAGUAUCUUUGAGUACGAGCCCGGGAAAUCAUCCGUUCUGGAGCAGGAGAGGCCGACGGCGCUGUACUUCACUCCGACUGCUGACCGGGUUCCAGAGAGGCCGGCGAGUGCUGCCAGUGACUACAGGAAGAGGAGGAAGUCGGAGCCGUCGGGUGACCAGGGCAAGAACCAGGUCUCCCCAAAACAACUGGACCCUUACAGAGGCAGCAGCACACUGAGGAAACCAGCCACACGCUCCUCCCCCUCCUCCCCCUCCAGAGCCAAAGAGCAGGAUGCCUCCAGGGGGUACAACACAACCACCAGCGACGGGGGAGGGGGGCAGACCAGACGAGCCACCCCGGACAGAGAGAAACAGCCUGCCAGAGCUAUAUAUGACUUUAAGGCACAGACUGCUAAAGAGCUGACGUUCAAGAAGGGCGACGCGGUCAACAUCAUCAGACAGAUCGACAGCAACUGGUACGAGGGAGAGCACCGCGGACGACUGGGCAUCUUCCCCAUCUCCUACAUAGAGAAGAUGGCGUUGCCAGAGAAGCAGCAGCCGAUCAGGCCUCCUCCACCAGCACACGUCAGAGAGAUCGGGGAGGGGGUGGCCCGGUACAACUUCAACGCUGACACUAACGUGGAGCUGUCCCUCCGCAAGGGUGAGCGGGUAGUCUUGCUGAGACAGGUGGACCAGAACUGGUACGAGGGGAAGAUCCCAGACACCACCAAGCAGGGCAUUUUCCCCGUGGCCUACAUAGACAUAGUCAAACGCUCGCCAUCCAAGAGCCCCGCCCCCUCCCACCACCCAGACCCACACGGCUACCCCAGCAACAGGACACAGGGCUCCACGCCCGCCAAGAGGUUUGUGCAGGAUUCGCUCCAUGGUGGAGGAGACCUGUUCCAGGCCCUGUACAACUAUCUGCCCCGUAACGAGGACGAGCUGGAGCUGAAGGAGGGGGACGUCGUGGACGUCAUGGAGAAGUGCGACGACGGCUGGUUUGUCGGGACUUCCCGACGGAGCAAGCAGUUUGGAACCUUUCCAGGAAACUACGUCAAGAAACUAUAAUGAUGAAUCCGGUCCACCCCCACACCCUCCUUACUUGGACCCUUCCAUCUCUAGCACAACCCAUAUUGGACACAACCAACCCGGAGUAAAGUUGCCCCCAGACACUGAUUUGGGUCAGUUUUGCACUUUCCCCACCAAUGGUUAAGGUUAAGAUUUGGGGGAGGUGGAGCUGACCCUAGGAUGACCCCACUACGUCGGGUCAUCCAAGAAGCCUUGCCCAAGCAUGUGUGACAAUGUCACAACAAAUAUUUUGUUUUAGCUCUAACUAGCCAACUCUAAAGGAGACUAUUCCACUAAUUAAACAAUUAUUUUAUAAAUGAUCGAGAAGCGGUAGAAGAGAUCCAUACUUUUGAAUUCCUGUCACCUCAGAUACUGAAGGAAUGGUAGCCAAACAAGAUGGCCACCUUUAAGUGUUGACAUCUGCUCUUAUUUGAUUUAUUAGAUAUAUUUUAACCCAUUGAUAAGUUGAUUGUGUAACAUUCAGAAAGGUCAAAUAUGGUAAAGAUAAGAGUUAAAGAUGCCAAGUAAACUGCCACUCAGGAUUGCCUUGACGUCAUCAUGUCAGCCAUCUUGGUUUUGGACAUGUUUUUUCCCCCUUUUUCCUCAGUGUUAAAUCAAUACAGAGACCCCC